UCUUUGUCAAGUGUCCAGAAAACCAAAAUGACGCUCAAGAUCUUACUCCUCUGUUUGGUAACGAUCAGCUGGGUGGCUUGCCACGGACCAGGUGGACAUGGUGGCCACGGCGGUGGCGGAGGCUUCCACGGCGGUGGCUAUCACGGAGGACACGGCAGAAGACCAUGGGGUCACGGACACUGGGGUGAUCGCAGGGAUCCAGGAUGGCGACCGGACGGACAUCACGGUCACCAUGACCAUCGCGAGCCGAAGCCUGACGAGCCUCGACCGGAUCCCAAGAGUCCCGAUCCAUCACGUCCGCAGGUCAACUUUAUCGUGCACGAGCCGCAAGGGCUUGAGGUUUGGAUCGUUCAACAGCCGGAGAUAACGUCGUUUGGGAUCGAGCUGUACGUGAAUAAGGAUUCGAGGGAGACGGGCGCGUAUUGCGACCUUUGUGCCAAUACCACGGAGGUUACGUACGGGAAGUUGUUCAUCGAUAAUCAGGACGUGCUGGUCAAGAAGGGGGACACCUUGAGCUACUAUGCUUGGAUUGGUCGGGGUGGUCAAUUUACGCGUUCGGGCUUGCAAACUUUGGUGGUUACAGAAUCGAUCGUCACCCAGUGCGAUUGUGGCACAUCCAACAUCGAGGACAUCGAUAUUCGAAUCAACGACGAUUCGGACAAGCGCACUGGGCGCGAGGCGAUCUUCACGCGUAAGGCCGGCCAAUCUCCACGAGUUGGUUUUACGACCACUGAAGCCACCGAUCCGGACAAGAUUCGCAAGGAAUACCGCGAGGACAUGAUCAGCGAGUGCGACAUCGAUCCGGAGCAGUGUCAAACUUCAAAGGCGGAGGCCAAAACGGAUCGCGCGAUCCAGGAUCCUCACCGGGAGAUCGUGAUCUUGGAGGACAUUGUCGAGCAUAUGAAGGGAGGGAUCUGCUCGCCGAAGGUCUCCAAUCAGCUGGUUCUACUGCGACAGGCUCCGUUUGCCGCGAAUGGGGACGGAGAUCUGAUGAACUUUGUGCGAUCGUACGUCGGGAUCAGCGCUGAGCUGCAGAGUCUGGGUGAGGGGAUUGUUCGGGUGAUUCCGGCCAAUCCCGGAGUUGGACAGGGCGUUGUGUUUGAGAUGGGCAGCUACGCGGACAAGCAGCGGAUUUUGUACCAUGUUAGAGAUAACGAGUUGAAGCAUAUUGUCGACUACGAUCUGACGGAGAAUAGCUAUUGAAGAUUGUAAUUGUUUA